GUGACGUUCGCCGACGUGGCGGGCGUGCAAGAGGCAAAGGCCGAACUUUUUGAAUUGGUGCAAAUCAUGAAGAACGCCGAAAAGUACAAGAACGUUCGCGGCAGACUUCCCACGGGGUGCCUUUUGGUCGGACCGCCGGGGACGGGUAAGACGCUACUCGCUCGCGCGGUGGCGGGCGAAUCCGGCGUUGCGUUUUUCCCCGUCGCCGCGUCCGAGUUUGUCGAACUGUUCGUCGGCCGCGGUGCGGCGCGCGUUCGCGAGCUGUUUGCCGAGGCGCGAAAGGCCAGACCUGCGAUUAUUUUCAUCGACGAACUCGACGCCGUCGGAUCGCGGCGAGGCGCGGGUCUGAACGAAGAACGCGACCAAACGCUCAAUCAAUUGCUGGUAGAGAUGGACGGAUUCGCCAAGGACAGUGGAAUUUUGAUUUUAGCUGCGACGAACCGACCGGACGCGCUCGAUCCGGCGCUGUUGCGUCCCGGUCGUUUGACGCGACGCGUGUUUGUCGGCCCGCCAACGCAGCAAGGGAGAGCGCAAAUCUUGUCAGUGCACUUGCGCGGUUUGGAUCUCGAGGAAGACGUCGACGUUGUGUGCGACGUUAUUUCUCGCGCCACACCAGGCUUCACCGGCGCCGAGCUCGCCAACGUCGCCAACGAAGCCGCAUUAUUGAGCGUACGCGACGGUAGACAAUUGGUGUCCAUCGACGACAUGCUCGACGGCGUCUCGCGCACGAAGGAUGGCAUC